GCGGUACCAGCAGCACUGCAGCUCCCACGAUGGACCCCGCCCUCAUCUUCACCGUCUUGGUUGUCGCGGCUCACACCGGGGCCCUGCCCGUCCAGAACUCGUCUGGUAUAAACGAUCAUGUUGAACGGUUUAAAAGAGCUUAUUUGGGCGAGAACGCUUUUCAAAAUGAGAUGACAGCAAUGGACAAAAUCAUGGAGGCCAAUGAAUUGCAGACCAGCCCAGUCAUGGAGGGCACCAACGUGAGGGAGGGCGACAUUGCCGUCACCAGCAGGAGGGGUGUUAAGACCUGCUUUGCUCGGAGCUGCCUGUGGGCCAAGUCUGUGGAUGGAUACGUGUACGUUCCCUACUACAUCUCUACAGAAUACGAUGACAUGGACAGGGUCGCUAUUCAAGGCGGGAUGGAAGGCAUUGAGAACGGCACCUGCAUACGCUUCGUGCCGCGGACUCACCAGAGGGACUUCAUCGACAUUCAGCCCAAGUCCGGGUGUUGGUCCUACCUAGGGGUGCAGGGCGGGACACAGAUCCUCUCCUUGGAGGCUCCCAACUGCAUGUCAGCGGGGGUCACCGCCCACGAGCUCAUGCACGCCCUGGGCUUCCUGCACGAGCAGUCCCGAGCCGACCGCGACAAAUACGUCACCAUCCUGUGGGCCAACAUCUGGAAAGAUCGAGUCAGGAAUUUCGGGAAGUACAAAACAAACAACUUGGAUAUGCCCUAUGAUUACAGCUCCAUCAUGCACUUUGGAAAGUUUGCUUACUCUGAAGAUGGUGAGCCUACCAUCAUUCCAAAGAAGAACCCCAAUGCCAGGAUGGGUCAGAUAUUUGGACCCAGUGCUAUGGACAAACUGAAAAUCAACAAACUCUACAAGUGUUGAGUGUGAGAUGAACUGCCCCAGCCAUGCCAAAGGACACUCGGGUCCACAGAUUGCAGCGUCUCACUUCAACACAAAAUAUGGAAUCAUUACUUCAGUACAAAAUAUUUAAUAAUUACUUCAGU